AUGAAGAGAGAAAGAAGCCAUGAGUACCCAGAAACUCAUAGCUGCCACUGCAGGCCUGUAACUCAAGUAGGACGAAGAGAUUAUACGAUUACGGCGAAACGUCAGCAGCUUGGCAAAAAAGAACCAUGGACUCAUGUGUCAAGUCCUGGAACUAGUGUCAAAACUACUACAGUACCCUCCCCCGAGGAUACCAGAAGAGAGCAGACCAACAAAUCAAGACGAAGAUAUACAAAAACCCCCCACCACUACGACCAAGGAAGACACCGAAAUGGAAGACGUUACAGAGCUACAAACGAACGAGGACGACAGCUACUACAGCUUGUUCCAACCCAAGUUAACAAAAACAACACCGCAGCCAGACAUGGAAUACGACAUACUACCAGAGCCAAAAGAACUCAAACCCAUACCCUCACCACCACUGAUACCACAACCACCACCACCACCAUCAACACCACCAACACCAUCGACUCAACAGCGACACCAGAACCAAAACAAACGCCAGAAGUACCACCUGAAGCCCUGAAAAAGAGGGCGGGUCCCCCCACAAUUGGAACAAACACCCCAACUGAGACUCCCAUACCGGUCGUAACACCCUCGGAUAAGGCAGGUUGCAUGCACAUCCACAUCGCAGCCCAGGAAUGCUGGCGGAUCAAGGAAAACAAGAGAGAGGUAGAUGGGUACAACGAACGGCGAGAUUAUAGCGAGACGACAAUAAUGACGCUGAGAGGAUGGACUUGGUUCCGCCAUAGUGGAGGAAACACACUGGUUGGAAGAGAGAAAUCGGCCGCGGAAUACGGCAUUAGGGCGGUGAAGAAGAACAACAUAUGUGUUAUUGACGCGGAAGAACUAAGGCCAGAAGACAGAAACGAGAUAGCAAAGUACAACGGAAAAUACUUGGUCGGAUUCAUGGGGCUUGAAGAAAGAGAUAAAAUACAAAUUGUAGUAGAGAAUGUGUGA